UGAUCAGCCGGAGCUGGAGCUAAACCCAGAGCAGAUUGCCUCCCAUGGACCUCUCCAUCAGGGCAGUGUCCUUCAUCCUCUCCUGCUGCCUAUGCAUUGUAGAAGCUCGGGAUUAUAAUUCCAUUCUCACAGUGCCAAAUGGAGGACCAUGGGGUACGUGGGGGUCUGUCCAGAUAUGUCCCUCAGGUCAUGCACAUGGUUUCUCACUGAAGGUAGAGCCAAGCCAAGGUCGUGGAGAUGAUACAGCCCUGAAUGGUAUCCGCCUGUACUGCACUACAGGUGGAGUAAUUGAGUCUUCAGUUGGACCGUGGGGAAGCUGGACAGGGAUUCAAUAUUGUCCCAAGGGCAACCUGAUUUCCUUUUCUCUGAGAGUGGAAGGCCAUCAAGGGAAAGGUGACGAUACAGCAGCCAACAACAUCCAGUUCACUUGUGAUGAUGGGAUUGGUCUGAUGGGCAACGGACUUGGUUGGGGCAGUUUUGGUCCAUGGAGUCACCGGUGCUUUUCUGGUUACAUGUGUGGGAUCCAGACAAGAAUAGAGGGUUCUCAAGGCAAGGGUGAUGACACGGCACUUAAUGAUGUGAAGUUUUUCUGCUGUAGCUGAACCAUUUGUCUGGUGGCAACUCAGGAGCAGGCCUUCUCUGUAGUUGCUCCUGGGCUCUGGCAUGCACUCCCUCUCACCAUUCAUGUUUCAACUUCUUUAUUCGCCUUUAAAAGAGCCCUCAAGACUUUUUAAAAUUUGUUGGUUUUAAUUGUGUGAUUGAUUUUAAAUUGUUGAAUUGUUUUAACUUUUUAUGUGUGUUUUAAUUGUUUUAUGUUAAAUGCUCAGAGACGAAUGUUUGGAUGGUAUAUAAGUGUGAUAAAUAAAAAUAAAUAAAAUGAAAAAAACCAUAUAUUUUUUAGCCUGGCUUUUAGUAAACUGUGAAUGUUUUAAAUCGUUGUUUUAAUGUUUAUUUUCUUUUGCCUUUAAUGUAUUUACUUUUGUUAACCACCUAGAGUCUUCAGAGUCAGGCGGAAUAUAAAUCAAUCAAUCAAACAAACAAACAAAAUUAAAUAUGUCUUUUCCUUUCAUGCAGCACAGCUGGAUUUGCUAGACAUGAAUCUUAACCACAAUUAAAUCUUGAACUGAGAA